AUGUCAACGAAUGAAUUUGGCGCCGAGAAAUGUUCGCAAGUUGAUUUGACUAAUCCAUAUCCGCUCGCAAUUGCCUUUAAUUUUUGUUAAAAAGAUUUGUGGAAAUGAGUACCCAAGAGAUGAGCUUCAAGGAACUGGGUCUCAAGUUCUAUUUUGUCAUCAAAGAUGGACUGGAAGAUAUUCAGGACGUUUCGAGCGACAUGAGUGCAGCCUUUGCGAGUAUACGGGAAUAUAUAGACGAAGAGAAUGGCAUUGUAUGGCUGAGCGAAGAAGAGGUGAUGGCAUCUGCUCCAAAGAUGGAACUGACUAAAAAACAUAUUUUCGUCCUGGAAUGCUUCGAAGGAAGAGCUUUUAAAUAUUUAAUAACAACACGGGCCUUAGUUAUCGGACCACGUUGCCUAUUGAGUUGCUUGAUGGAAAAUACGUCAGUGCCGCUAGGUACAUCUCCUGUUUUCACGACAGCGAUGCGAAAUCUAGUGGUUUGUGCAUCCGGCCUAGCGCCGCAAGAGAAAGAAAAAAUACGAAAUCUCGUUCAAUGGAUGGGCGGCUAUUACUCAGAUGACCUGAGCAGUAGCUGCACACACUUAGUAUCCAACACAGUAAAAUCAGACAAAUACGAGAAGGCUGCAGUCAACGAUAUUAUAAUCAUGCAUCCCGAUUGGGUUUAUGAUGUUUGGGCCCGGAGUAGGAAAGAGAAUGUCCUGGCCACCAGUAAAGAAUUUGAUAAGAAUAAAUUGCCUAUUUUUUAUGCCUUGUAUAUUACAACCUCGGGACUGCCUUCGGAUAAGAAAAAUGAAAUAAUGAAAUUAAUUACUGAAAAUGGGGGACACUACACGGGAUUGUUCAAAUCGAGCCAAACAGAUAUUUUGAUAACUGAAAAGAAUAUGACUGAUUCGGCAAAGUAUGAGGCAGCCACGCGGUAUAAGAAGUUUUGUUUGAUUCCUGAUUGGGUCACGGAUAGUGUGAAGAAAGGAUAUGCAUUACCGACGGAUCAUUACAAAGUGGUUGCUUUGAAAGUCUCUACCCCAACGAAAAUGGAGAAAAGUGUAAGUGCGACUGAUUUUAACCCCGACUGCACUCAGUUAUCGGAAAUUUCGCGUUUGGAAGGAAUGCGAUCUAAUUCAACUGUAAAUGAAACGAUAGCCAACAUGUCUGUGGCGUCCACUGUCAGGUCCCAUGCUCCAAAACAUACGCGCCCCAAGUAUAAAGAUAUCUUGGCACAAAUAAGCACACAACAAGCAAAAAAAGCUGGCGCCUUUUUGGAUGGCUGCUGUAUUUAUUCAACUGGCUUCACAGCUGACGAAAAGGAGAAACUGAAUAAAAUAUUAAAUGUAGGCGGUGCCAUACGUUAUGAUGAGAUGAAUGAAAAGAUAACACAUUGCAUUGUAGGAGAACCGACUGUUAGUGAGCUACACAAGAUGGGCGAUCAUGGCGUACAGAUUCUGACGUUAGAAUGGUUGGCAGAAAGCAUUAAGCACAAACUACCCGUUCAAGAGGAGAAAUAUAUUUACCAGGCAAAAGCGGUGAAUACUAAAGUUCCUGAACCUCCGUCGCCGUCGAGUAAAAAGACAAUUGAAUCAAUGAAUCAUAGUUUCAAAAAGCCUGCUUUACCCAAAUCUCGCCUUGAUUUUGCAUCUGCUAAGCCAUCGAGCAGUAAAGUUUUGGAUAUGGAUCAGUUUGAAGAUGAACAAAAUGAUUUUCUGUCACAAUAUACACCAGAGAAUGCAGCACCUUUACCACCGAAGCCAACAGCAGAACCCCAGGCAAUUCCAACAAGUUCAACAAAUUUCGAAUCUGAGGGCUUCGAUUCAGAAAUGUGCACUGAAGAUUACAAUAAUUUGAAUUUUUUCAUCGGUUUUACCGUUCACGUUCAUGAUCAUGAUGAGGAAAUCUACCAACAGCUGGUCGAUGAUUGUGAAAAUGCUGGCGCUAAGCUAGUUGAUAAGAAUUUCAAAGGGUUAGCAGACUAUGUGAUCGUCCCGUCGGAGCAGGCUACGGACCUUAAAGAGGUCAAAGUGAGGGCGAAGCACAUUGUCAACAAUAUUUGGAUUGAAGAAGCCAUUAAAGAAAAUAAAAUCGUUGACUUGAAAUAUUAUCAUGAACCCAUUCCGGAUUCGGCAAAUUCACAACCAUUGGCUGGAAUGGUUAUUGUGAUCAGCAUAUAUUCAAAUAAUGAGCGUCUUUACAUUGAAACUUUGGCCACGAUUUUAGGAGCAACGAAACAAGAUUCAUAUGCAAAGAAACAAAAACCAUUGCUGAUUUGCCCAACGGCAGAAGGAGCGAAGUAUAAUGCAGCCAUAAAGUGGAAUUACCCCGUGGUGAGGUCCGAAUGGCUAGUGGAAUGCGCGGAAAAAGGAGAAAAAGUUUCAUUAGAACCAUAUCUGGUUGGUGAAUCGAUUUUAUCGACUUCAGGAAGCUGGUACGCAGCCAAAUCUUCCUCAUCUGCAAGUUCUGAUUUGAGCAUGAAUCAGAACGAGAAAGAGAGAUCAUCGGGAGCCAGCAAGUUAUCAAUUGGGCAGCAAAGCGAUAAUCCUUUGGAAGACGAAGUUUUCCUUCCAAAAUCUUCACCGACCAAAGAAAAACGUACAUCUGAACUAAUGGAAAAUGCAGAAAACGAGGAAUUAAUUGCAAAACAAACAACUGGAAAAACAAAACGGAAAGAUAGUGGUCCCGAAAAUCGAAUCAUCGAAGAUUUAGCUGCUGCUGAUCGAAACGUAGCUACUACACCAGAGGGUACAGCCUACUUACGGCAUCGUCGUUUAUCUGAACUCGCUGAGCCAGGACGUAGAAGUUCCAAAGGAAUGUCGAUCUCAUCGCCAGCUACUCCUCCCCCAGCUGGUGACCUCAAUAUAAGUGAUUUAGUGAAAGAAGUCUCAACUCCUCAUCGUGAUUUACUUUACAACGUUUUGAAGGAAAUGCAGAGCAAAGAGACCCCUGAAUCACAGAGGAUAAGAAAAUUAGUAGCAACGCCCGGAGCCCAAACGAAAACACCGCCAACACCCAAGAUUCCUGACUUCGUUCAAACACCAGAAGUUCGGAAAAGACGUCUUGCUUUCUUGGAUUCGUACUACUUACCACCGACCAGAAGUCGAAAACCGAGUACCCCCUUCAGUGAAAUUAAAAAACGUUUCUGGAAAGAAGCUCUUGGUGACCAAUAUUUGGAAGAAGGAAAUUACAAUACGCAAACUUUUACUCAAGUUGAGGAUGAUGCCGGCACAUCUACAGGAAGAGAAACUCAAAAUUUGGCUGCUACGGACAUUCAUGUAAAACGUCUUAGUGAUUUUAUAAAUAAUCGAGAUGCCGAAAACCAGAAUCGAAAUGAUAUGCACUUACCUGAGCUUGAAACGGAAUCGGUGCCACAAAAAUUUGAUUCGGAGAUGGGCGGAACUGAGGAGUUGAUCGGUUGGCGGGAUCCGAGUGAAUUCACACAAGAGGCACGAACGAAAGUGAAACAAAUGAAACAUGUGGGCACACCGAGAUUUUCGAUGUCAUGUUCGGAUGAUCAAUUGAGACUCAAAAUCAUAGAUCAAAUAAAGAAAUUAAACGGAGAGAUUUGCGAAAACUUGGUAACAUUCGAUGAUACUUGCACACACAUAGUCUGUGAGCGACCGAAUCGUGGCGAGAAGAUUCUCUCUGGUAUAGCGUCAGGAAAGUGGAUUUUAGAAUUAAAAUACAUCGAAGAUAGCUUCGAAGCUGGCUGUUUUCUGGACGAAGAACUGUACGAAUGGGGGAAUCCAAAAGCUACGAACUUGCCGAAACUGAUACCAGGUGAACAGCUCAUCGCAAAUGCAGCGUUUCGUUGGCGGAAAAAGAUUAGUGGGCGUAGUGAGAAAGAUGCUGGAGGCGUUUUUCAAGGCUUUCGUGUUAUUUUACAUGUUGCGAGAAAAGAUCAAUUCCAAAAGUUAAUUGUAGCUGGUGGAGGUGUCGUAUUGGAUGUUAGCGAACCAUAUUCCGUGUCAGAAGAAGCAUUGACGGCUACACAUUGUCUAGUGGAAACUAAGAAAAUCAAAUUAUCAUCGAAAGACCACAAGGCAUUAUCGGAGGCUGGAAUUCUAGUUUUAUCAGUUAUGUAUCUGAACGCUCAUCUAACAAGUGAAGUUCAACCCGAUUAUACUAAAUAUUUAUUAAGUUUAUAAUUCAUUUCGUAUUCAUCAUCAUCAACGAAGCAACAACCGGUAUCCGGUCUAGGCCUCCAGACACACCGGUUUUGCACCGAGGUCCACCAAUUCGAUGGCAAGGUUUACUUCGUCUUCUACCAUAGAUAGUGCCCUUAUAGACUUUCCGGGCUGGAUCAUCCUCAUCCAUGCGGAUUAAGUGGCCCGCCCGCCGUCACCUGUUGAGUUGGAUUUUAUUCGUGGUAUCGCAUUUCGUAUUAUCUGAAUAAAUUAGUAUUUUACAAAACACAUGGAAAAUCCGAUAUUUCAUUUUGCGAGACAGACAAAUCGCAUACAAUUAUCUGUUAAUUGUUAAUAAAAAGCUGA